AGUUUUCUUAAUAGUCGUUGACUACCUUGACUGUGGUGUAAAGUGAAAAUGUCUGGUCGUGGCAAAGGUGGAAAGGGCCUUGGCAAAGGAGGCGCAAAGCGUCAUCGUAAAGUUUUGCGGGACAAUAUCCAAGGUAUUACAAAGCCUGCCAUUCGCCGUUUGGCUCGCCGAGGUGGAGUGAAACGAAUUUCUGGCUUGAUUUAUGAAGAGACUCGUGGUGUACUGAAAGUGUUCUUGGAGAAUGUUAUCCGAGACGCUGUGACUUACACUGAGCAUGCGAAGAGAAAGACCGUGACCGCCAUGGAUGUGGUAUACGCUUUGAAGAGACAGGGUCGUACUUUGUACGGCUUCGGAGGUUAAGUAACGAUCUCGAUGUAAACUACCCAAAGGCUCUUUUCAGAGCCACU